UAUCUAGGGUUACGAUCGGCAGUCGAAGGAAUUGUCUAAGGCAACAAUUGAACAACCUUUAUAGAUAAUGGCUGGAAAAGCAGUAAAGUCUAUAUCAAAAGCUGUUGGGGAGUACCAGUAUCCUUGGCAAGCAAAGUUGGCAAAGUACAAGGAUGAGUUUGCUAAGGGCGUUUGGGGUUAUUGGGAGCUUGGGGCAUGGAAGCCACUGAGCAUCAGUGCCCGCCACAGAGCUCGUAUCCGCAAAGAAGUCCUUCUUGCCGAUCAAGACUGGCCUUAUGAUCCAGCACGGAAAGAGAUGAGAACUAAGAGGAAGGGGCAUAAACAUGAUAAGAUAUCGGCAGAAAAGCGGGCCCGUACUGCUGAGUUAAUGCAGAAGAUGCCUCAGAUGUUGGCAGAUUACAGGAAGAGAAGGUGGCAGAAGAAGAUGAAUGAAGAGGAGGCCAGGGCCAAGGCCGAUGAUUAGAUUCGGUUGUGCUAUCUUUGAUUUGGUAAUAUGCCGCACAUUAGUAGAUUUUAGAGGAUGGCUCUCUCCUUGCUGUUUGAUUUGUUUUUCUCUUUCCGAAUACAAUACGUUGUUUUAUGCAGGAUUAAUAUUGAAGCUUUUGUGAUGAAAAAGCUUGCAAUUUGAAAGUA